GUCAGCAUCUCCAGUACUCGCGAGUAUUGAUUUCUACGCCGAUUCUACGCCAUACAAAACGAGGACUGUAUGUAGCAGUUGUAGCCCCACCACUAUCGCCAUCAUUACCACCAACCACCACCGCAAACAAACCACCAAGUCCCGUCAUCUGUCCAUCAAAUCAAGUACCUAGAAGUCAGUGCUUCCAUUCAUCCCACCAUCCAUCGUCAUCCGCACUGUCCACCUUACUUCGCCUCCUACACUCGAAUUGGGACGUGUUCGAUUCGACUUACUCGUGCUCAUGCGACCAUCAUUAUGACAAUAUGUCGUUCUCUGACUGGUAAUUAUUGCUUUCACUUCUGCUACACUUGUCGGUUCUCGGCCCUUGUGUCGACGGCUAUUCAUUCCUCUCCCUUCAACAACCACACCGGCGUAGGCCGGUUCGUUUGGUCAUCAAAGAGAUUGUUAUCAUUGCCCCCGCGAGAUCCCCGUGCUCACUGCCCACGGUGACACCUUAUGACACGAUUAUUGAUAAUACAGUCUAUACAACUCCAAUCCAUGAUCCUCCUUUACCCUUGCUAGAAAAGGCGUCCGAACCGUUGGCCACGUCGAUCUCAUGGCACAAGAGCCGUGGUGACCAUGACUGUCCUCUCCUCUCCCAUACCGACUUAUACCAGCACACAAUUGUUCUGGUCCUGCGUCGGCAUCUACGCCGACGUCGUCAAGUUAUGCUCACCGAGCAAGAAACUGAGCAGACUGGCCGAUGGCGUCGCGAGAUUCAGCAGAAGACCUCCUGAGAGCCCGACGCAGACCUUGACAAGGGCCAUGAACGGAGCGAGCACACUAGAAGAAUACGAAAGAUGCACAAUUGCCCUGGACCAGGUGCAAGGACACGAACAAUGGAAACAAGAGAAGGAGUCCCUCGAGCCAGGUUAUAACCCGGAUGUCAUCGAGACUCAAAUGGCCCUUCUAGAGAAAGGCGUCGCGAUGUCUGAUGUCAGCGCUAUACAUCACGUACUGAGGACCGGGUUGAGCAGAGAUCUGGGAGGGAUGAACAUGCUUCGACUAUACAAGCACUCGUGGUUUGGCACCAAGACUCUAAUAGACGACUAUACAAACACAGUUCUGGAGAGCAUCGACAAAUUUAUAGAUAUGGCGAUUCAUUACCAAUUACCCGCCACCGAGGUCAGGUUUUACCAGCAGUCACUGGAAGACGCCCUCAAAUACUUUGGUCGGUCAGCCUUGACAUUGUCGGGGGGAGCACUACUGGGCAUGAAACAUAUUGGUGUCGUUAAGACGCUAUGGGAAGCCGACCUCCUGCCAGAAAUCAUUUCCGGAGCAUCGGCUGGCAGCAUUGUGGCAGCAAUCGUGGGAAGUUCAACCGACGAGCGUAUGCUUGAGGUUCUGGAGCAUUUCCCAAACUCUGACCUGGCUUGUUUCGACCCACCUGGGACCACAUCGGUCGCAUGGCUUCUGCAACGAGUCCGCACGUAUGCGCGCACCGGCGCUUUUUUUGACAUGUCAAAUUUGGAGAGAGUCAUGAAGUCGUGGCUGGGCGAUAUCACUUUCCGCGAAGCCCACUACAAAACCGGCCGCAUCCUCAACAUAUGCGUCUCCAGCGCCAGCAGUGCAGAACCUCGACUGUUGAACUACGUGACGGCGCCAGAUGUGUUGCUUUGGUCUGCGGUGUGUGCCUCUUGUGCAGUUCCACACGUCUUUUCUCCAGUCAGCAUUUAUGAGAAGGAUCCUAUGACAAAAUCUGGAAAACUGUGGAUGGAAAAUGCCCAGCAGACAUUUGUGGAUGGAUCCCUCGACCAUGAUAUCCCCAUGAGAAAAUUGUCAGAAAUGUUCAACGUCAAUUUCUUCAUUGUAUCACAGGUGAACCCGCAUGUUCGAGUGUUGUUGGAUCCCGAGGAAAGAUUUGACGGAAUGCAACCCACGACCCCUAGCCCGCGUCACACUCCUAUUCAGAAAGCGAAGGUGCUUGUGAGGCAGGAGAUCAUCCACCGGGCACAACAGCUGUCCGAUCUCGGCGUGCCACAAAAUUGGUAUCGGUGGGCUUCACUCUUCAAUCAACAAUAUACCGGAGACAUCAAUAUCCUACCCGAGAUCAAGUAUAGCGAAUAUCUCCACAUGAUGAUGAAUCCAACUCCAACCUUCAUGCUGGAAUCGACCAUGGCCGGACAGAAGGCUACAUGGCCGAAAAUGUGUCGGAUCAAGAAUUGUGUUGCCAUUGAGCUUGCCCUGAUACGAGCAAUCCACACAUUGAGAGACCGCGCGAACUUUGGUCCUGAAGCUCGAGCUGCCCGCGAGGCCAAGAGAUCUACAAGUAGAGGGCGGUCCAGACGCGGACGUUCCGCGCGUCCCGCGUUCUAUCGACAACGCAGUCUCAGUAUAGGCUCUCCAGAUUUGGCCGACAACAGCUCAACAACUGUCACGCCGUUGAGAGUUCGCCGGAAUGUCAGCUUGGGAAGUAUAAAUGUCAAACAGGUCACGCCAUUUUCCGUAACACCCCGAACUACGCCUUUCCUAACACCAUCAGUCAGCAUGGACAGUGACCUCCUGAAUGAAGCAUUGCUCAUGACCAAUACUAAUGGCAAGGCUUGGUGACUGAGAGGACUGUUGCAGGCGAUUGCUGGAUGUUGGCGUUUGGGGUGUUCACGUGACCCGAGAUAUAAGUGGGCUACCAGCGUAGAAUGUUCGAUAUUGAUACCCUUUGGUUGUGCUAAGAUAUGUAAAUGCUAUAGAACAACAAGAAGAAUAGACAUGACGCUAAGCAAUUCCGAAAGCAUGCAUUGAUAUGUGUAACAAUGCCCUUUGCGGUGUGUUGGGAGGGAACAGUUGAGUGCGGAG